CUGGAACGCUCAAACAGAGCAGCGUCGUCAGGGCGCCUGAACGCAGGACCGUCGUUGUGCUGGUUGUCUGCUUUUCCCGACGGUGUCAGGCAGCAAGUUGGGUGUCAGUCAUGUAGGUUGUGUGAAAGCCCGAAGAGGACGGAACUCGAACUCGUGGAAUUGUCCAGAAAUAAAUAACGUAAAACAGUCGAUAAGAGUCGGGCCCGCGGAGGUGUGAAUAAAGCGGUUUAACUUGUAGAAAAGCCAGGCCCUGGCAGCGCCCUGCACCAUGGGGGCGUUUCUGGACAAGCCCAAGACUGAUAAGCACAAUGUCCAUGGGGAGGGCAAUGGGCUGCGCUUUGGCCUGAGCAGCAUGCAGGGAUGGCGUGUGGAGAUGGAGGACGCGCACACAGCUGUGCUGAGCCUGCCACAGGGCUUGGAGAACUGGUCCUUCUUUGCCGUCUACGACGGACAUGCCGGGUCCCGUGUGGCCAACUACUGUUCACAGCACCUGCUGGAAUGCAUUACAGGCAGCGAUGGCUUUCGCACGGCCGGCCGGGCUGAGCCCACUGUGGAGGCUGUCAAGAGCGCAGUGCGUGCCGGCUUCCUGCAGAUAGACGAGGACAUGCGGGGCUUCUCGGAUGCCCAAGGUGGGCCAGAUCGCAGCGGCUCCACGGCCGUGGCUGUGCUGGUGUCUCCGAGCCACCUGUACUUCAUCAACUGCGGCGACUCACGGGCUGUGCUGAGUCGCAGCGGACAAGUGCGCUUCUUCACACAGGACCACAAACCCUGUGACCCACGUGAGCGAGAGCGCAUCCAAAAUGCCGGCGGCUCCGUCAUGAUCCAGCGGGUGAACGGCUCACUGGCCGUCUCGCGUGCCCUUGGUGACUACGACUACAAGUGCGUCGAUGGCAAGGGUCCCACGGAGCAGCUGGUGUCUCCUGAGCCCGAGGUGUUUGAGAUCCUGCGAUGCGAUGAGGAUGAGUUUAUGGUGCUGGCCUGCGACGGCAUCUGGGACGUUAUGAGCAAUGAGGAGCUGUGCCAGUUUGUGCGCUCCCGUCUCGAGGUGUGGGACGACUUGGAGAAGGUGUGCAACGAAGUGGUGGACACCUGCCUACACAAGGGGAGCCGUGACAACAUGAGUGUGGUGUUGGUGUGUUUGCCAAACAGCCCCAAAGUGUGUGAGGAGGCGGUGAGGAGAGAGGCGGAGCUGGACCGGUACCUGGAGAGGCGUGUGGAAGAAAUUGUGAAGUCUGCAGAGGACAGCAUUCCUGACCUGGUUCAUGUCAUGCGCCACCUCUCCACAGAGACCAUUGCCAAUCUGCCACCAGGGGGUGGCCUUGCUAGCAAGCGCAGCGUCAUUGAAGCUGUGUACAACAGACUGAAUCCUCACAGAGAUGAGGAUGGGGAUGCCCAGGAAGCUGAUGGAGGCAAUACCGCCACACACCUGCUGGAGGCGCUGCGCCAGUUCCGUAUUAAUCACAGGGGCGAGUACCGUCAAGUACUGGAGGGGGCGCUGUCCACGUUCCAGCAGCCAUGUGAGGCACAGGCAGAUAGCCCCUCCCCUGACAACGAGAGCCAGGAACCUGCCCCUGCUGCCACGCCCAUUGGAGACCCUGAGGGAUCUCCUUCAGGAGCUCCUUCACCCACUGCAUGACCUCUGAACUUGGAUGCUCCGCCUGCACCUGCUGCAUUCCAACCUAGCCAACGUACUUCCUUGAUUACAGGCCCCGGGGCCUCGUGGGACCCUUCUGAUGACAUCAGGGGGCCCCGUGCAGAUCUUCUGUUCAACAGGACAAGGUUUCAUGGCUGUGAGAAGUAGAGAAAAACAAAUUCAAGUGAAACACUCAGUCUUCAAAGGACCUGUACUGGAAUGCAGGGGACGAUGGCUGGACCGCCUUGUUCUGGACUCUGCUGACAGACAACCUGGGGGAGGAGCUUCCAGGAGUCGCAGUCCAGGGAGCUCUGAGACACUGUAGUCUCUGCCUUCCUCACACCUGCAUAUUGCACGGCUUGUUGACCGGUCACGCAGACGUCUUUGGCUGAGCUUCCACGCGACCACAUGUCGGACACUGUCAACAACUCCCCUGAGCUCGGGGCGGUGCAUUCUGGUCCUUGUAGCGCCACGGGGGACUUGAGAUGUUUAACAGGCACUCUGUAAAAGUGGCGGUAAUUUGUAAGUUAACAAGAGGGUCGGUUCUGCGACACAGUAAGCCGCAGCAGUCAGUGUGUACUUUGGUGUUUUCCGCAAGGUGCGUAUGGUGGUGUGUGCUUGCAUUCCAGGUGUACAAAGGACUAAUUUUCAGGCUGUUCCGCGUUGUCCUGUCGCAUGCCAUGGGAGACAUCUGGAGCAGCAGUUUUCUUUUAAGUUAAACCUUUUUUCAUAGUGUGAGCAGCAUAAGGGAGGUCCUUGCUGGAUUGCCGCUCUUCUCCUAGAGUUCAUUAACAAGAUUGUCUUUAUGGUUCACCUCUUACCAACUUCUGUCACGUCAUUUUUUCUGGUGCACAUUGUCAUUUUAGACCCGUGGGGGUGGGUCUCCUUUUUUACUUCACUUUGGCUCUGUGUACAUUGACCAAAGCCUGUGUGGUCGAAUUCUGUGUCUGAAGGAGGUCUCGUAUGAUGAGUUAGAGCUCUGUCUAGGUGAGUGGGCUGAGGCUGGUGCUCCAAGCGAAAUGGGUGGGACAACUGCUGUACAUUAGAAAUGGGGGGGGGGGCAAGUUAGGUCGAGAUCUCGGUACAGGGAGAAGGAGAAACUUCGAUCGGGGAUGACUUUAUUCGUACUCAUUUACCAAUCGCUAAUAAAACAAUCAUUAAGUGUCUUGUGUUGGUGUUGCCCUGACUCGCAUUUAAUCGCAAUAAGAUGCCAUGCUGUAUGGUACGCCACCUGGGGGUGAUGACCUGUGCUUCCUCUCUGCUCAGAUUGGUCCAGUUCACAGUGAGUGUGUUUUUCACAAGGUGUGUACAGUGUAUGAAAACAAGUGAAUGUUAAAGGGUGGAAUGUUCAAUAAUUGUUACUCACACUAUUGUGUCAUGAGAAUAAAAUAUUAAUCACUAAA